CGCUCGGUUUAUCUUCUAGAGCGGAACAUCGUCCACCGAGCUUCAACACAGGUCGAUUGCAGAGGGCGACCUGAACAACUAAUCGCCAUGAGUGCUCGCAGCUUCAAUGGGCACUGUUAUUCAACCCCUAGGCGGUACAGCUACGACGUCUUCCUCAGCUUCAGGGGUGAAGACACGCGCCACACUUUCAUCGGCCAUCUCCGCCACGCCCUGCGCCAGAAGGGAGUCCACGUCUUCGUCGACGACGACAGCCUCGGGAAGGGAGGCGAGAUCUCGCCCGCUCUCGAGCGAGCGAUCGAGGAGUCUAGGGUCUCCGUUGUCGUGCUCUCGGAGAACUAUGCCGGUUCCACCUGGUGCUUGAACGAGCUUGUGAAGAUCAUCCAGUGUAGCAGUCGCGACGAGAAGAUGAUCGAGCCGGUGUUCUACGGCGUGGAUCCUUCGGAGGUGAGGAACCAGAAAGGCGCCAUCGGCGCGGCGUUUGAGAAGCACGAGCGCAGAUUCGGCGAGAACGUCGGGGUGGUGGAGAAGUGGAGGGAGGCGAUGACGAGCGUCGGUAACCUUUCCGGGUGGACAUUGAAGACGAAUGAGUGUGAAUCGACAUUGAUUCAGUCACUUGUCAAAGAUGUAUUGGGUAAGCUGCAUCGCAAAUCUUUUCAUGUUGCCGACUAUCCAGUUAGUUUGCAACAUCAUGUCGAUCUGGUUCAUUCAACGUUAAGGGGGAACAGUGUGGUGGGGCUCUGUGGGAUAGGUGGAGUAGGUAAGACGACUGUUGCUAAAGCCGUUUAUAACCUUAUUGCCAAUCAAUUUGAAGGCAGUUGCUUCCUCACCAAUGUUGGAGAAAAUUCCAAGCUGUGGGGCCUAACUCGAUUACAAGAAGAUCUUCUUCAUGAAACACUGAGGGGUGUCAACUUGAAGAUUCACAAUGUUGAUCAAGGAAUUCACACUAUAAGGGAUAGGCUUAGCCAAAAAAAGGUCCUUGUCAUAGUUGAUAAUGUGGAUCACUUGGAUCAACUGAGAAAACUAGUGGGUGGACCCAACUGGUUCGGUCCAGGAAGUAAAAUCAUCGUCACAACUAGAGAUGAGCAUUUAUUAGUAGCUCACAAUGUUCCUUGGACACAUAAGAUCAAUUGUUUACAUGAUCAGGAUGCUCUUCAGCUCUUCUGUUGGAAUGCUUUUAAGGAAAUCCAUCCUCGAAUUGGUUAUGAGAACCUCUCGUAUAUGUUGAUAAAUUAUGCUAAGGGACUGCCGUUGGCCCUCAUAGUACUAGGUUCUCUUUUGCGAGGUAGAAACAUAUCUGAAUGGAAGAGCACACUGGAUAAAUUGAAAAGAAUUCCCAAUGAAGAGAUCUUCAACAUACUUAAAACUAGUUUUGAUGGAUUAGAGGAACACGAGAAGGCCAUUUUCCUUGACAUUGCUUGUUUCUUACGGGGGAAGAGUAAAGACUACAUCAUGGGAAUUUUAGGUGCGUGUGGAUUCGAUUCGGUGAUUGGGAUACAGAUUCUUAUAGAGAGGUCUCUUGUUAGUAUUGAGUAUGGUGCGAUACAGAUGCAUGAUUUGCUUCAGCUGAUGGGAUGGGAAAUUGUUCGCCAAGAGUCUAUUAGGGAGCCUGGACAACGCAGUAGGUUGUGGUCAACUGAUGAUGUGCUCUAUCUUCUGAGUAACAGCUUGGGGACAAAUGCAGUUGAAGGCAUAGUUAUAGAUUUACCUGGACCUGAAGAGGUGCACUUGGGUGACAAUGCCUUUGCAAAUAUGACGAGUCUUAGACUGCUUGUAAUGCAUGGUGCACACUUUUCUGGUGCUCCUCUUCGACUUCCUUCUGGGUUAAGGUGGAUUGAGUUGCCUGGAUGUUCUAUUCCGUCACUUGAAUUUAAUUUUGGCCUGAAGAAACUUAAGGAAGUUAAUCUGAGGGGCAGCAACUUCGAAAGGCUGGGAGUGGGAUUCCAGCAUUUGAAGCAUCUGAAAUCCAUAAAUUUUGCAGAUUGUGGACGAUUACUUGAAAUCCCUGAUUUUUCGACUGUGGAAAAUCUCGAAAUAUUAAUUCUUAGUGGCUGUAAUGCCCUAACUAAAGUUCAUGAGUCGGUUGGAUUUCUUCCAAAGCUCGUCACUUUGGACCUACAUUCUUGCUCUAACCUCAGCAGUUUUCCUUCCAUCAUCAAAUUAAAAUCUCUUAAGACUUUUGUCUUAAGCGGGUGUACCAAGCUAAAAUCAUUUCCUCGUGUCGAUGAAAACAUGCCAUGUCUGUCUGAUCUUUGCCUGCAAAAGUCCGGUAUAGAAGAGCUGCCUUCAUCUCUUGAACGUCUGGUCAAUCUUGAAGCCAUAUUCUUGGAUGGAUGCAAAAACCUUACCUGUCUUCCACCAAGCAUGUAUAAGUUGCAUUGCCUUCGCCUGCUUUAUAUGAGUAAUUGCUCAAAACUUGGUAAAUUUCCCGAGCUUGUUGAAGAUGUAGACUCAAUAUGUUUACCUUAUUGCUGCUCUUCGUGGAGGUCUGCAAACCUCAUGGAGCUUGUUCUCAGAAAUUGCAAUUUAAGAGAUGUACAUAACCUAUUGGCUCCACAAAGCUUCACUACAUUGAGAGGCUUAGAUCUUUCUGAGAACCCUUUUGUUUGCCUUCCUGCGAGCAUCGGGAGACUCUUUCAGUUGGACUGGCUUUGCUUAGAGCAUUGUGGACAACUUCAAGAAAUUUCGCAGUUGCCACCAAACAUCAAGUAUCUGUCUGUAAGUGGAUGCAAGUCUCUGAGAAAGUUUUUGUGGUUGUCAAGAGUUUCUGUAUCUGACAUGAGGCAGUUACCAUUCCUUGAAUUGAUCGACUUCUCCAAUUGCCAUAACAUGACUUGGUUUGCUGACGGACCCUCAGCUGAGGGCGUGAGGGCAACCUCGGUUGACAUAUAUUUUCCAGGAAGUGAAAUUCCUAAGUGGUUUAGCCAUCGAAGUUUGGAGGGUACAAUAUGUUUCCAAGUGCCGUGGGAUAGGUUUUGGAAUUGCAAGUCCUUCACGCUUGCUGUCCUCUUUGGAUUAGAGGAAAGUCUCACCCAAGAAUGCGGGACGACGGAUGGUACCAUAGACUAUAAUUACUCUAUCACUGUCAAUGGUCGAUGCAUUAUGGAUGGCCGAUAUGAAAUGCAGUGCGUUGACUCAGAUCACUUGUGGCUCUUUUAUGGUUCGCAAGAUUUGCUUUGGUCCCAUCGGGUGGUUGAGUAUCAGCUGCAUGGUUCAGUGUGCUUGAUGUUUUCAGUCGUAGUUAACAGAGCGCCCUCCAAUGUAAUGUUGAAGAGUUGUGGGGUACAUCUAACUUAACAUGACGAAAAUCAAGCAGCAUGUUUGGCCUUCACCGGACACGUCUGCUGAUAAAAUGGUGAGACAGUCCAUGGAAUUAUUUAGAGCAAGAAGUCAUCUUGAUGAUGACAAGGGAAGUGAUUUGGGGAAUAAAGCGAAAGUGCAUCUCUGAAAGCCCCUCCCUCUCUCCGCUCUAUUCGUGGUUUCUAAGUCCAUCGGUUUGUCCUGAUGCUGCAGCUACCACACAGUCUGCUCCUUCUUUUGUCCCCCUGAUGUAGGUGGAGCUUAAUCCUUCUCAACUACGUAUUAUUUGAGUGAAACCGAAGAUGGUAGACCCAUCAUCUUUCCUAGUGUCGUUCCUAGUAUUGAAUCUUUUUGUUGAUCAACUCUUCAGCAUUUUUAAGUCAUGUUGUGCAAUCGAAGUGCGAACAUUCCAAGGUUAGGAAAGUGAAGUUCCAAUCAUGCUAGAGCUCUCAAGUACUGCCGUUGAUAGUAGAAUAUCCAGCUUGCUGACUACAAGUGAAGUAGAACGCUGAUUUCCGGCAGCCUCGCCCCGGUUGCAGAUUCUUGCCAUGUGAGUCUGUGGCCAUGACCUUGAAUUUCAGUCCGAUGGAGACCAUGAUGCAUCGGUUUGAUAGUCUGUAUGUGUGACUGCGAGUGCUUCCUGCUCUUCAUGUGUGCACACAAAAGGGCAGGAUCACACGAACGAGUCGUCCUUAGUUGGGCUUGAAUAUAAUCCUACGAAAAGUUUGCUUCAUUUGGACAAGUGACUCAGUCUCCAAGAUCCCAACUUCAAAUCUUGA